AUGACUGACUGUAACCCUAUGCCAACACCGCUUCCGUUAAGACCAGACUAUGAAGAAUCAGAACGGUUCUUAGAGCCUACUUACUUUCGGAGUGUGGCAGGUAAGCUUCAGUACCUAACAAUCACAAGGCCUGACAUACAGUAUGCAGUGAACUUUGUAUCUCAGAGGAUGCAUUCGCCUACUACAGCUGAUUUUGGAUUUCUAAAACGCAUCCUACGAUAUCUCAAAGGCACUCAAACGCUUGGUUUAUACAUUCAAAAGGGAGAGCAACUUCAACUCUCAGCCUAUUGUGACACUGAUUGGGCAGGCUGUAAAGAGACAAGAAGAUCUACAACUGGCUUUUGUACACUGCUAGGGCCAAAUUUCAUCUCUUGGUCAGCAAAGAGACAAGCAACAGUUUCAAGAUCAUCUACAGAGGCUGAAUACAGAGCUUUAGGGGCUACAGCUCAGGAGAUUGCGUGGAUAUCUUUCCUCCUGCGUGAUCUAGGUGCAUGA